AUGGCGUGGUACUCUAUCCUUCCACCAGAGCUUACCCACCUCGAAAGCUGGGCAGCUCGCAUCUUCUUCUUCCUCGGUCUCAUCACCAUUGGCCCCUGGGCUUUCCUCAUAUUUCUAGACGCAUCCCUCUGGGUAUAUCGACUGAUCCUCUGGGAGAUUCCCUGGCUUGGUGGACGAGCACGUGGUCGACAGCGUCCUCGCGCGCCGAGCUUGAAUGAACGUCCGGGCGGGCAACGGAGGGCCUUUGGACUGUGCGGCAUGGAAACAGAUACCGGUAACAGCGAGAGUGGAGACCGAGAUGAUCAUCCGGGGCCGAAGAGGGAGAGAGAUCGUGAUGACUCUGGGAAGGAGAACGUGAGCCCUGUUGCCCAAACAUUGAAUCCACAUUCAGGAGUGAUUCGCCUAUCGAUCUUAUCUCAAGGUCCUAACCCCGCAGGACGAUCUCGGCCUUCCCUGGAGAACCUUGAACCGUCAGAGCUCAUCCCGAUGGACAAAACCUAUAAGAACCGACUCGCACUCCGCAAGUCCAUACUCGACCAGCACCACGACGUCGUGGUAGCAAUCAACAAUGAUCAAACCCCAAAGGAGGACCCUCGUAUUCGCCUCGCCAUCAGCGAACUAUACAAUUUUGUGCUGGGAACAUACCUACCAACUCGAUACCCGAGCAUGUUCCAGCUAAACGCCGAAAGAUCGCUCUUCCAAAACCUGGUAACAGGCGCAACCUGGCCAACUACCCUAUCACCAACGACGCCAGCAAUCCAAGCCCUGAAGAUCUUGUCCCAGACAGUAGAUGAGGACUUCCUGAUCCUACUCCCUGAGCUUUUAUCCGAUGCCGAAGAACAGCCAAAUUAUGUGCUACAGGCAUAUGCGGUCUGUUUCCCGGCUGGCUUCAACACGCGCAAGAAACUCGGCUUGCGUUUAGUGGAUAUUCAUGUUCCGGUCCCGCGUUACCAGGAGAAGAUUGGGCGCAGCAUGGAUAGGUUCUUUGCGCGCAUUCGGGUUGGGAAGUUUGUGAAACGGGUCAAUUGGAGUAUCACCAUAAACACGGGGCUGUUUGCUGCUUAUAGUGGGACACAUGCUGUGGUGGGGAAAAAGGAGGAGACUAUUGAUCUCGGGAAAUUAAAUAUUGAUCAGACUGUUCUGCGAUGUGAGCGUCAGACAUUGCAUCGGUUGCCGGUAUCCAAGGCUCUUGUCUUUGCUAUCCACACCUAUGUUUAUCCGGUUAGGCAGAUUAAGGAGGAGGGUUCCGGUGAGGACCUUGCAAAUGCGAUAGAUGGCUUGAGGAGGGGGAAUGUGCCAGAAAUGCAUGGUUAUAAGAAGGGAGAUGUCUGGGGAGAAGCAUUGAAAGACUUCCUAAGGGCCUAG